CAACGUUUCGUGUCACUUUCAUAGCUCGCUGCUUGCUGUCAAUGUCAAAUCAUCGAAUUGUCAUGUCAAUGUCAGCCAGCCAGCCUCCGAUGUUAUUUUUAUUUACGUUUACGUAAUUUUGAUAAAUGUUUUAAUAUUUAUUCAUAGAAAAUAGCUUAAAAGAUGUAUAUUACCUGCGGCACCAGCAAAUUACUUGUAAACGUGAAAGCUAUAGCUAUGCGGACAGCACAGUUCUCUUCAAGACCUGCAGCUUCAGAAGUCCUAACUGCUUAUUUAAUUCAAUGUAAUGAACCGCCUUGGACCUCCUAUUUUGUUAAGUACAGUAGUGUGAAGAAUGAUCAAUUUGGAAUGUCAAACUUUAAUUGGAAAGCUGGGAGUUCAAACUAUCAAAUAUUAAGGACCGGCUGUUUUCCUUACAUCAAAUAUCACUGCUCUAAGAAAAAAGCAGAAGAUUUAGAAGUAUCAGACAAAUUCAUGAGAGCUAUCAAAGUUAUUAAUUUUGGAAUACCCUGUCUGCUCUAUGGCCUGGCAGCUACUCAACUAAUUAGACAUAAGGAAAUAGUGCAUACUUCUAAGGGGCCUGUCACAAUAUACUUCCUAAUACCAGAAGAUAAAGGAUCAAGCUACUGACUUGUAUUAUCUUAUAAUUUAUUAAAUCUACUAUGUUAUUUUUGGCUUAAAUGUGAAAUGCUUGUUAAGUUUUAUUUUGGAGUAGAAAACAAGCCAAUUUGUGAAAAACCCAAAUGAUUUUCAUUUCAACUCUGUAAUAAAUAUUUUCAAAAAUGCCUGUUACUCCAAUAGUAAAAACAAUUCAUUAAAAUAAGAAUAAUGUUUACAUAAAACUAUUUUCUUCGAAACUGAACUAAAUAAAUAAAGUAGGAGGAAUAUAAUAUGAGCAAUUGUUUACAAAUCGCGUUAAAGCGAAUUGUUGCUUUUAGUUUUAAAACAGGGAGGUUACUUGCUAACAAUCAUUAACAUUUUUAUAAAUAAAAUUGCUCUAAAAGUCUCAUGUAAUCGGGGUUUCUGCCUAUUGCCCGUAUAUUGGGCAACAAUUCUAGAUUCCGUGCUACUUAUGUGAAUUUUUAUAAUAACUAUCGUGAGACAUACUAAAUUAACAAAAAAUCGCGGGUUACUCACGUGAGUAUGCGACUUUGCUUUUUUGCUCGUAGGUACAAAGUUCAUUAUGGCAAUUAGCAAUUACAUAAAUAUGCAGUUGAAAACGUAAGUAAAUGGUUCGAUAAAUUUAUCGGUGUGGUCGGAGUAAGAGACAAGAUAAACCAGAAUAAAAUUGUAAAGUCAUGCUUAAUAUUACAGACAUCAACAGCCUUAGAUAAUAAUAAUCACGAGGUCUAAAAGUCACUGUCUGUCUUUAUUUUACAAUGUUGUCAAAACAAUACUUUUACCUAGGCUAAUCUCCUAUAACAUAGAACUUGAUAGGAAUCCGAAAUUAACGGUGAAAAGAAACCAGGUGUUACAUUUAAGGUAGGUACCCAUUGUCUACCUAAAAAAUAAAAAGCGUUAUGUUUGCUUAAUUUUUUUUAAUAUUAACAAAUUAAAUGUCAAUUAAUUAAAUAUUGGUGCGUAGACGACAAUUUUUUAUAGUAGGUACCUACUUAUCUACUUUAAUUUGGUAUUUUAUCAUUUUUUGGUAAGUGAAUAGAUCUCUGAUGCUAUAGAAAUGUAGGUCCUCUUCUUUGAUAUUUACUUGCUGUAUUGACGUAGCAUAUUGAAGUAAGAAUAUGAAGAGCUCAUGCACUGAAAACACAAAA